GUGCCCGGCGCGCGGUGGCAGCGAGCGAUGGCGGUCCCGGGCUGGGAACGGGCGCUGCGGCUCGUGCUCUGCGCGCUGGGGCUGGCGCUCUCUGUGUACGCGCUGCACGUGGAGAGCUCGCGGGAGCGGGACCCCGACUACCGGGCCUUGUGCGACCUGAGCCCCUCCGUCAGCUGCUCCAAGGUUUUCACCUCCAGGUGGGGCCGUGGCUUUGGCUUGGUGGAAGAUCUCCUGGGGAAACACAGCGUCUUUAAUCAGCCUAACAGCUUAUUUGGCAUCGUCUUCUACAUCCUACAGACACUGCUGGGCUUCUCUCCCAGCACCCUGGCGGCCGUCACCCUGCUGGGCACCUCCAUGGUCUCUAUCGCCGGCUCGCUCUACCUGGCCUACAUCCUCUUCUUCGUGCUCCACGACUUCUGCCUGGUGUGCGUCACCACCUACCUGCUGAACGGCGCCCUCCUUCUCCUCAACUACAAGCGUCUGGUCUGCCUGAGCGGGAGUGGGCAGCGCCGCGCCAAACCCAAGGGGCAGUGAGCGUGGCUGGGGGAGCCUGGCCCAGCCCCCUCCUGGAUCUUCAGUGGCAAUAACGAACCCUCUUUGUAUAGCAGCCAGGGGCCCAUCUAGCCUGGUACCCUGUCCCCUCCCUGCCAAACCAGAUCAGACCCUGGAUCCAUCACCCUUUACACACAAACUGAGGCCAUUUCUGGUUUAACCAAAAUGCUGGUAUAAGGUGGGUUGAAACGGGUACAUGACACACAGCAAGGGACUGUAUGAGACAUACACGGGAGAUUAGGUUUCAUCACCUCCAGCAGGGGGCAGAGCUGCUCUCAUGGCACCUCGAUUCUUUCCAGCAGGGACCAGUUGCGUGUGUGAGGGAGAGUGAGAGACAUAUGACCCUACUGACAUCAAUGGAGGCAGGGCUGGAUUCUGAUCUUGAUAAACUCCGUGUGAAUGGAGUAAACAAGAACACAGUCCAGCCCUGCAUUUCCCCCGGCUUGUACAUCCCCUGCUGCAAUGACAGCAGUACUUUAGUUAACUGACCAGUAGGGGGCACUGUGCACCAAAUCAAUAUGCCAAUGCAGAGACCAGCUGGAGCUGUCUUGUUUACAGCUGAUUGUGUACAAAAGCACAUUUUUGUAGCUGAAAUAAAGUCGCUCUCAGCAACAGGCA